UCCAAGACUGGUGGAUGGGGAGGAUUCCUGCUCUGGCCGGGUAGAGGUGCAGUUUGGAGAAACCUGGAUGACCCUCUGUGAUACACACUGGGAUAUGCAUGACGCCAGUGUGGUCUGUAAACAGCUGCAGUGUGGAGUUGCAGUAGCUACCCCUGGAGGGGCUCACUUUGGUGAAGGAAGGGGUCCAAUGUGGGAGGAACAGUUUGACUGUUGGGGCAAUGAGUCCAUUCUGUUUGACUGCCCUGUGUCAAGGAAGAAUCACAGCUGCACUCAUGGGAGUCACGCUGCUGUCAUCUGCUCUGGAAAGGAUGGGCCCCAGUUAGUGGGUGGAGGCAGCAGGUGUUCAGGCCGAGUAGAGAUAUUACAUGGAGGCCUCUUGGGCACUGUAUGUGAUAAGUACCUGGAUCUGCAAGAUGCUGAUGUGAUCUGCAGACAUCUUCACUGUGGUGCAGCUACUUCCACACCUAAAGGAGUACACUUUGGAGAAGGGACUGGCCGAGCCUGGAAAGACAGCUUUCACUGUAGAGGGAACGAAUCACGCUUGGGGGAGUGCAUGGUGUCCUGGGAUCAACGGGUAUGUGGCAAUGGGAGUGACGCCAGCAUCAUCUGCGCAGAGGAGGACUGGCUGUUAAGGCUACGUGGUGGAGAAAGCCGCUGUGAUGGGAGAGUGGAGGUGUUGUUGAACAGCACGUGGGGAAUGGUUUCAGACACUCAAUGGAAUUUACAGGAUGCCAGUGUUGUCUGCAGACAUUUAAACUGUGGCCUUGCAAUAGAAGCAUUCAGCCCCUCGAAAUAUGCUCCUGGGAACGGCCCUGUCCUUAUAUCACAGAUUGAAUGUAAAGGAAAUGAAUCUUCACUGCAAGGCUGCCACUUUUCUCAAUCUAACGAAUCAGCAAAAUCCAAUGUCAGCGUAGGGGUUCUUUGUACAGAGCACCUCCAGAUGAGAUUGGCAGGCAGUGGCAGCCAGUGCGCAGGAAGAGUGGAAGUGUACUACAAGGGCUCCUGGGGGACAGUCUGUGAUGGUUCCUGGGACUUACCUGAUGCUGACGUUGCGUGCAGACAGCUUGGGUGUGGACCUGCAGUACAAGCCCCUGUCUCUGCUGCUUUUGGGGAAGGCUCUGGGCCAGUCUUGGUGAACGAUGUCAAGUGCCUGGGAAACGAAUCAGCUCUGUGGCAGUGUCCUUCAGCAAAAUGGGGAGAGCAGAAUUGCAGACAUAAGAAAGAUGCUGGGGUUGUGUGUUCAGAGUUUAAGGAUCUUCGCCUGGUCAGUGCUGAGUUUGACUGUGCUGGGAGACUGGAGAUAUUCUACAAUGGAACCUGGGGAAGUGUCUGCUCCAAUAAAAUGAGUUCCACCACUGUAAACAUGAUCUGUCGGCAACUGGGAUGUGGAGGCAAAGGCACACUGCAGUACACUAACCAGUUUGGAGUAGGCUCUGGUCCUAAAUGGCUUGAUGAAGUGGACUGCCAUGGAUUUGAGUCUGUCCUGUGGCAGUGCCCUUCAUUGCCAUGGGGACAGAAUACAUGCCUGGACUCUGAAGUUGCUGGAAUUGAGUGUUUAGGAUACACUAGGAAGCCUGCUGUUACAACUAUUUCCAAAGAAAGAGUCUGUGCAGAAGGGCAGGUGAGGCUGGUAGGAGCAGACAGCCCGUGCUCUGGCAGAGUUGAGCUGUGUUACAGUGGGUCCUGGGGUACAGUGUGUGACGAUUCCUGGGAUCUCAAUGAUGCCCACGUGGUCUGCACACAGCUGCUUUGUGGCUCUGCAGUAACUGCUACCCCGGAAGCUCGUUUUGGAGAAGGGAAUGGGAUGAUCUGGCUGGACGAUGUGAACUGCAGGGGCACAGAAAUAUUUCUGUUGGGCUGUCGCUCCUCUAUGCCGGGGCUUCAUGACUGUGAACACAGUGAAGAUGCUGGUGUAAUCUGCUCUGAAGCUGUGCAGUCUUCCAAAGCCCAACCGGCUGGGUGGCUCCAGGCUUUCAUUGUCACCUGCCUGAUUCUGGGGAUUCCUCUGUGUGUAGUGUCAGCUGCUCUCCUCAUCACAACAUACAGAUACAGGAAACACAAAGGCCCUGAAUCCAGUGAAGGCUAUGACCCUGUUUAUGAAGAAAUUGACCAGAGAUUACACGUGAAAAGAUUAGAUCACUCAGCUGAACUUCCCAAAUCCAGGUGUGAGGGUUUUGACAGUGACACAGAGGAAGUUGAUGUUCCGCAAGAGAAAGAUGCUGAAUAUGAUGAUAAUGAAGAGAAUGACUACGUCAAUGAAAUGGAGGACAGUGCUAAACUUCCCGAAUCCAGGUGCGAGGAUGUUGGCAGUGACACAAAGAAAGCUGAGGAUGUUCCGCAAGAGAAAGAUGCUGAAUAUGAUGAUAUUGAAGAGAGUGACAAUAUUGAUGAAACGGAGAACAGUGCUGAGCUUGCUGAUGGUGGCUAUGACGAUGUCGGCCAUGAAACACACACAGGUCAAGAUGGCCAGUUAGACCCUGAUGCUGAGUAUGACGAUACUGAAGAGAACGACUACAUAAAUCUAGCAGAGAACAGCGCUGGCUCUUUAUAUGACGAUAUUGGAAACUAUCUUGAGCAGGAGACUCUAGUCAGAGGGGAUUGAAGGUCGCUGCAGACAGAAGUAUUCCAUGGCCUUUCUAAUAGUUUGUUUGAGCUGUAACGCUAGUAAGAGCUAGUCAGCCCUUCACUGCACUCAGACUUCCCUUCGGACUCACAGCUUUUACAAUAUUUAUCAUUUUGACUGUGGAGACAGUUGAAGAAUGUGUACAUUGUGAGGCAGUCUUCUCAUUGUGUUCUCAGGAUGGAAUGUAUUAUCUUUGAAGGCUAUCUACAUGUUUUCUACACCAAAAUCAAAUUAACUUUACCAGUCAUAAUUGUAUUUGGACCACAAGCCUUUGUAUUGCCUUCAUAAUUAAAGUUGUGAAAUAUUGAAUUGUAUAAUAAAAUGUAAUUGUAGAUGAGUUAUUUCUUUAAUUAAAGUCCCUUUGCUGACAGGCAAGAAGUACUGGGAUUUAUUGUAAUCUAAGUGAGGCUGGUGUGAGUCGAUCAUUGGGGGUGAUCUGUUGCAUUUUGAACCCUGGAAAUGUCAUUAUAUAGAAAUAAAGAGUGUAAAGAACUAUUACUAUCUAGUCAACAUCUUAUUGGUCACUCCAUUUGUUUAUAAAUCAGAGGACCCACACCAAUUCACCAGUUCAAUCCAGUCCUGCAUUACUGUGCUAUAGCUGCGCUGUUGAUGAAAUGUUCUUAUUAGUCUGUAUUAUAUUGCUUUGAACCUUUUUUUGAAGAAUGUAUACCUUAAUUCACAGUCAUGUUGUUGAUCCUGAAUCACUUGGAUCCUUUAAGACCAGUCUGACAAAGUCUUAACGGAUCCAGUAAGGUCUGUUGUGCUAUAACCAUUUUAAACACCUGGAAGAGAAUAUUAAUUUAAUGGAGAUGUAAUUGUGUUUUUUUUUUAAGUACUAAAACCUAUAGUACCAACCCUAAACAAAAUUCAAACUAUUAGUUUAAUGUCAAAACAUAUGCUUAAUAAAUGUCACUUUGAUACAUGUAACUUUUAAAUCCCUAUAUUUUUGAUUAUGUUGCUUUAAAUGCUUUAAGAUGUA